AAAGGAAAAGGAAAAUGGAAAUGAGAAAGGACUUCGAGAGUGGCCGAGUUAUCAGUUUAUAUCCUAACCUUAGCUGAAUUACACACACACCGUGCCAAAUAAACAAUGGCGGCUGCUAUCUCUCCGGCCGCCUCCGCCGCUCUCCGCCUCCUCAAACCAUUGUCCGCCGCCCGUCUCUCCUCUCUCUUCACCAAUCCCAAAUUCAAUCACACCAGCGCUCCAUUGCUUCUCUUCUCCCACGCCGCCCUCUCCCGCCACCACCGCAGCUUAUGCUCCGUAGUCCCCGCCGCCGUAUCCUCCGGCGAGGCUACAAAGUCACCCGAACCCCUCGAGCUGGAAAAAGGCGCGAAUAUUCGCGAGUUCCGCAAGAAAUUUAAGAUUGUUGACAUUAAAGGAGGGGAUGAUCAGGGAUUGGAUCGAUUGGGCGAGACUCUUGUGGUUAGGGGAUGGGUUAGAACACUCAGAGUUCAGAGCAGUGUUACGUUUAUCGAGGUUAACGAUGGUUCUUGCCUUUCGAAUAUGCAAUGUGUAAUGAGUUCCGAUGCCGAAGGUUACGAUCAGGUGGAGAGUGGUUCGAUUGCAACUGGUGCUUCGGUAUGGAUACAAGGUACUGUAGUAGCUAGUCAAGGCUCAAAGCAAAAAGUUGAGUUGAAGGUCGACAAACUUAUAUUGAUUGGUAAAAGUGAUCCUUCGUUCCCUAUCCAGAAGAAAAGGGUCAGCAGAGAAUUUUUGAGAACUCAGGCUCAUCUUCGUCCACGAACAAAUACUUUUGGAGCGGUUGCAAGGGUGAGGAAUGCAUUGGCGUAUGCAACACAUAAAUUUUUCCAAGAAAAUGGCUUCGUCUGGCUCUCGAGCCCGAUUAUUACUGCUUCUGAUUGUGAAGGAGCUGGCGAACAGUUUUGCGUAACAACCUUGAUUCCAAACUCGAGCGAAGCUACAAAUUCUCAUGUGAACGCCAUCCCCAAAACGAAGGACGGGUCAAUUGAUUGGUCAAAGGAUUUUUUCGGAAAACCUGCAUUUCUUACAGUGUCGGGGCAGCUCAAUGCUGAAACAUACGCUACUGCUCUCACUGAUGUAUAUACUUUUGGUCCUACAUUUAGAGCAGAAAAUUCCAACACUUCUCGACACUUAGCUGAAUUUUGGAUGAUUGAACCGGAACUUGCAUUUGCUGAUUUAGAAGAUGACAUGGCUUGCGCAACGGCAUACCUCCAGUAUGUAGUGAAAUACAUUCUCGAAAACUGCAAGGAAGAUAUGGAUUUCUUCAACACAUGGGUCGAGAAAGGAAUUAUCGACCGUUUAAAUGACGUGGUUGAGAAAAGCGUUGUGCAGUUAACAUACACCGAUGCCGUUGCACUUCUCCUGAAAGCAAAUAAGAAGUUUGAAUUCCCGGUGACAUGGGGAUGUGAUUUGCAAAGUGAGCACGAGCGCUACAUCACCGAAGUGGCUUUCGGUGGCUGCCCUGUAAUUAUAAGAGAUUACCCCAAGGUAAUCAAGGCGUUUUACAUGCGCGAAAAUGACGACGGAAAAACUGUUGCAGCCAUGGACAUGUUGGUUCCGCGGAUUGGUGAACUAAUUGGUGGAAGCCAAAGAGAAGAGCGACUCGAUUAUUUGGAAAAACGCUUGGAUGACUUGAACCUCAACAAAGAGAGUUAUUGGUGGUAUCUUGACCUACGUCGAUACGGUUCAGUGCCGCAUGCUGGAUUUGGAUUAGGUUUCGAAAGGCUUGUACAAUUUGCAACGGGAAUAGACAAUAUAAGAGAUGCAAUUCCUUUUCCUCGAGCACCUGGCUCAGCUGAGUUCUGAUGUUUGUCUUCCGCAAGAGAUCGGGUCGCAAGUAGAAUUGCUCGACAAAUCUUAAUUUAUGUUUCCUCCAAAUUUAGACAUUCAACGACCAGAUUUUGGUACUUUAGAUUUUGCGAUCGAUUUUUUUUAGCUUCGCCUUUGAGGUACUAUCAGGUAAUUGCUGUAUAAUUAAGGGUCUCCUUUUUUCUAUCUAUAUAUAUUAUGGCGAUAUGAAAGGUGUACAAAUUGCCCCAACCGCGCCAAUAGUGCCCACAUUGUGCUUUGUAAAAAAUACACUAAUUUUUGGCCAAGCCUAGUACGCGCAUGGUCUUAGGUUAGUUCUUUAUGUA